AUUAGGCUGCGCGUUCGCUCCUGCGAGAGGGCGGGGCCGGAGGUUUCGAUUAGUUGUCGCUGCCGCUGGGGAAGGUAAAGCGGAGACGGCGGCCUCAGGAGCUGAGGGGGUCCCCGGCAGGAGGUGGGGGACUCGACGGGGCAUGGACAUCUUGUAGUUGAGAGUCCUUUUCCAUGAGCUGCUAAUCUUAAAGGAGAAGAAGCCUAGAAGAUACAACUAUUGGAUUUCCUCUGUUCUAAGAUCGUCGCAUACCAAAAGAGAUAAAACAGCUUGGGGUGGUUUGGAUUUCCUUUCUGAGUUCUAUUCUUCUGCCUGAUUUUAGCCAGGGACUCAUUUAAUAUUUCACUAUUAAAAGGAAUAUGUGAAAAUUUCUGCCAACCAUUGAGAAUUUCUUCCUUUGGACAUUUUUCUUCUACUUUAUAUAUAAUUUUCUCAGAAGUUCCUUUUUUGGUGCCAUGUUUUGUGGCUUACAUCAAAAGAGGAGUUUGUCUUCAUGAAGAUUCCUAACAUUGGUAAUGUGAUGAAUAAAUUUGAGAUCCUUGGGGUUGUAGGUGAAGGAGCCUAUGGAGUUGUACUUAAAUGCAGGCACAAGGAAACACAUGAAAUUGUGGCAAUCAAGAAAUUCAAGGACAGUGAAGAAAAUGAAGAAGUCAAGGAAACGACUUUACGAGAGCUUAAAAUGCUUCGUACUCUCAAACAAGAAAACAUUGUGGAGCUGAAAGAAGCCUUCCGUCGGCGGGGGAAAUUGUACCUGGUGUUUGAAUAUGUGGAAAAAAAUAUGCUUGAAUUGCUGGAAGAAAUGCCAAAUGGAGUGCCACCUGAAAAAGUAAAAAGCUAUAUCUACCAACUAAUCAAAGCUAUUCACUGGUGCCAUAAGAAUGAUAUUGUCCACAGAGAUAUAAAACCAGAAAAUCUCUUAAUCAGCCACAAUGAUGUUCUGAAACUGUGUGACUUUGGUUUUGCACGGAAUCUGUCAGAGGGUAAUAAUGCUAAUUACACAGAGUAUGUGGCCACCAGGUGGUAUCGCUCCCCAGAACUGUUACUUGGAGCUCCCUAUGGGAAGUCUGUAGACAUGUGGUCAGUGGGCUGUAUUCUCGGGGAGCUUAGUGAUGGACAGCCCUUAUUUCCUGGAGAAAGUGAAAUUGACCAACUUUUUACUAUUCAGAAGGUGCUAGGACCACUUCCAGCUGAGCAGAUGAAGCUCUUCUAUAGUAAUCCUCGGUUCCACGGGCUCCGGUUUCCAGCUGUUAACCAUCCUCAGUCAUUGGAGAGAAGAUACCUUGGAAUUUUAAAUAGUGUUUUACUUGACCUGAUGAAGAAUUUAUUGAAGUUGGACCCAGCCGACAGAUACUUGACUGAACAGUGUUUGAAUCACCCUACAUUUCAAACCCAGAGACUUUUGGAUCGGUCUCCUUCAAGGUCAGCAAAAAGGAAACCUUAUCAUGUGGAAAGCAGCACUUUGUCUAAUAGAAGCCAAGCCAGCAAAGGUGCUGCUUUACAGUCUCACCACAGAUCUAACAGCAAGGACAUUCAGAACCUAAGUGUGGGUCUGCCCCGGGCUGAUGAAGGGCUUCCUGCCAACGAAAGCUUCCUGAAUGGGAACCUUGCUGGAGCUACUCUUAGUCCGAUGCACACCAAAACCUACCAAGCAAGCACCCAACCUGGGUCUGCCAGCAAAGAUCUCACCAAUAACAACAUGCCACACCUUCUUAGUCCAAAAGAAGCCAAAUCCAAAACAGAGUUUGACUUUAAUAUUGACCCAAAGCCCUCAGAAGGCCCAGGCACAAAGUACCUGAAGUCCAGCACCCGAUCUCAGCAGAACCGGCAUUCUUUCAUGGAAAGCUCUCAGAGCAAAGCAGGGACACUACAGCCCAGUGAGAAGCAGAGUCGGCACAGCUAUAUUGACACUAUUCCCCAGUCCUCCAGGAGUCCCUCCUACCGGACCAAGGCCAAAAGCCAUGGGGCAUUGAGUGACUCCAAGUCUGUGAGCAACCUUUCUGAAGCCAGGGCCCAAAUUACAGAGACCAAUACCAGUAGGUAUUUUCCAUCCAGCUGUUUGGAUUUGAAUUCUCCCACCAGCCCAACACCUACCAGGCACAGUGACUCGAGAACUUUACUUAGCCCUUCAGGGAGAAACAACCGAAAUGAGGGUACACUGGACUCUCGCCGAACCACAGCCAGGCAUUCAAAAACCAUGGAGGAGUUGAAGCUGCCCGAGCACAUGGACAACAGCCAUUCCCACUCUCUGUCUGCACCUCAUGAAUCUUUUUCUUACGGGCUGGGGUACACCAGCCCCUUCUCCUCUCAGCAGCGUCCUCACAGGCAUUCCAUGUAUGUGACCCGGGACAAAGUGAGAGCCAAAGGCUUGGACGGAAGCCUGAGUAUAGGGCAAGGGAUGGCGGCCAGAGCCAACAGCCUGCAGCUCUUAUCACCGCAGCCUGGAGAGCAGCUCCCACCAGAGAUGACUGUGGCAAGACCUUCUGUUAAAGAGUCCUCCAGAGAAGGCACCUCUUCAUUCCAUACCCGUCAGAAGUCUGAGGGUGGAGUAUACCAUGACCCACACUCUGAUGAUGGCACAGGACCCAAAGAAAACAGACACCUGUACAAUGAUCCCAUCCCAAGGAGAGUUGGCAGCUUUUACAGAGUGCCAUCUCCAAGACCAGACAAUUCUUUCCAUGAAAAUAAUGUAUCAACUAGAGUUUCUUCUCUACCAUCUGAGAGCAGUUCUGGAACCAAUCAUUCAAAGAGACAGCCAGCCUUUGAUCCAUGGAAAAGUCCUGAAAAUAUUAGUCAUUCCGAUCAACUCAAGGAAAAGGAGAAACAAGGUUUUUUCAGGUCAAUGAAAAAGAAAAAGAAGAAAUCUCAAACAACAGAUUCCACCAACGGGGAGAAUCCAAGCAUCAAGAAAUCCCUCUUUCCUCUUUUUAAUUCAAAGAAUCAUUUAAAGCAUAGUUCUUCUUUGAAAAAGCUUCCUGUAGUCACUCCACCCAUGGUACCUAAUUCUGAUGGUCCUGAUCUUCUGACACUACAAAAAGCUCUUCACUCUGCUAGCGCUUCAAGCAGCAGACCAAAGGAAUGGCGCCCUGAGAAACUAUCAGAUCUACAGACCCAAAGCCAGCCGUUAAAAUCACUGCGCAAGCUGUUACAUCUUUCUUCAGCCUCAAAUCACCCAGCUCCCUCAGAUCCCCGUUUCCAGCCCUUAACAGCUCAACCAACCAAAAAUUCCUUCUCAGAAAUUCGGAUUCACCCCCUGAGCCAAGCCUCUGGUGGGAGUAGCAACAUCCGACAGGAGCCCACACCAAAAGGCAGGCCAGCCCUCCAACUGCCAGGUCAGAUGGAUCCUGGUUGGCAUGUGUCCUCUGUGACCAGGAGUGCCACAGAGGGGCCUUCCUACUCUGAACAGCUGGGUGCCAAGAGUGGGCCAAAUGGGCACCCUUAUAACAGAACAAAUCGCUCAAGAAUGCCAAAUCUGAAUGAUUUAAAAGAGACAGCCUUGUAAUUUGUGCUGGGGUGGGGGAGAGGAGACAAGGCAGUUGGGAGGGGAGGGAGUAGGGUGGGCUGGGGGGAGAGGGCUGGGUCUGGGUGGUAAGCUAGUAUUCUCAGCUUUAUGAAGGUGUGUGCAAUAUUGUAUGUGUGGGGUCAUCUGGCUCCUCACAGCCACAAAUGCUAGUCAGGGAUCUUAGCACCAAGGGAGUCCUUAGGGAUCAUCACUCCCCACAGGUCUUGUGUGAGAAUGGAUAGAGUGUGCUAUUGAGGAAGAAGAAAAUUUUGCCAGUUUCUCCCCCUUACAUUCCAGCUUUAGUGCAAUCUCUGUUGAACUUGGGUGAGCCUGGACAUGUCCUAGCACUGCAAGGGAUAGAAAAAUUGAUGUUGACCAAUGCCCUUACCGCAUAUUUUUUUCUGCCUAGACUACAUGUGGGGUUUAUUCUAAUCCAAGAGUAUCCCUUUGAAGGGUUAGCAGAUGAACUGUAUGUCUUAAAUUGUUUUCUAAGCUUCCAUAUUUGAUAGGAUUUGUAACAUUUAUUUAUAAUUAAUAUUGUACUGUUAUAAUCAUACCUUUUAUGUUAUAAUGUAAAGUUAUUUUGAGCUGUUUGGAACAUUGUGAAGCAGUGGGACAGCUACAGUAGUUUCUAUAAAAACUUAACAGUAACAUUUAUAUAUUGCAUCAGGAGUAUUUUAUUCUAUAUAUAUAUAAAUAUAUAUAUGGUAAAUGUCUGUUUUAUAAAUAUAUUCAUUUAAAGAAAGUAUCGUUAUGACACUAUCUGCCAUAUUUUUAUACAUUUGUGAUAUGAAGUGAGUAUUAUACUUCUAAUAAAGGGAGUUGAAUUGUGGCUACAUGUGACUGUAACAGUAUGAACCUUGCUCAACUUUUCAGCCUCAGCAGUAGCCUCUAGAUGUGAUCCUUAGUAGCAGACAAAAUGCAGCAUCUCUUUCCAGACCCACAAGGGAAGAAGGUCAGAUAGACCUUUGAGGAUCCCAGUAGGCCUCGUUUCCAUCCUCGCACUCAGCUCCCAUUUGUGUCCAGGGACGUCACUGUUAUGUGAAGGGAGACAGAGGCAUUGCUCUCAUGAGUCUUUUAGAGAGAAUGUGCUCUUCCACUUAGCAUUAGUGUAGAGCGUAGACCAAAGAUUUGCCCGCGAACAUUCCUUGUCGUGAGGGUGUAAGAGGCACCUGUCUACAGAUCUUGCAAACCAGCUCUAUGCUCCUGAAUCCUGUCUGUACUCCUAGAGACUCUUGGCUCCAGGAGGGGUGUGAGAUACGUGUAUGGCAUUUCUACUUCUAAAUGCUUUUUCUGUUAUUGCUCUCUCUGCUAUACUUAAAAGGCUCCUGAAGCAAUUCCAGAUGUAGAGAAUAUAUAUAUAUAUAUAUAUAUAUAUAUAUAUAUAUAUAUAUAUAAAAUGUAUCCGUCUUUUUCUUCCUUGGACUGUCCAUUAAUAAGGUCAUCAUGCACACCUGUAUAUACACAUCACACUCCAUCAGAACAGGACCUGUAUUUUCCCCUCAUCUGAUCACUUUGAAAUCCCAAGUAACUCCAAGUAUCAUCAAGGCUUUUGGCCAGCAAGCAUCACACACUCCUGUGUCUCUGGGCCAUCCUUCACAGAAGUCACCUCAGCACCAUUAUGUAUCAAUAGAAUUAGAUAUUUGAAAGUAGUCUCUUAGCAAUAAGACUUUUAGCAGUUCCUCCUACCCCUCAAAGAGGUACCUUCUCAGUAUUUAUUACUUGUUCCAGAAUUCUGAGAGGGUCAGCCCCUGAAAGAAGUCAACUCUCAUUGAAAAAUGUUGAGUUACCCUUAACCCUUCCCCAAGAUUUUGAGAAUCUUAGCUCUGAUGAUUAUGAAGAUUAUAAAGAAAAAAUGUCUUAGAUUCUUUGAAGCUUAAAUUGUGUGCAUAUUGCAUUUUUAUAUAAAUACUAUGAUGUGUAUUGAUUAUAUAUAGAAGUCAUUUUAAGGUGCUUUUUAUUUAAUUUUAAUAAGUAUAAUAGGCACUAAGAUGAAACUCAACUGGGUACUAUCAUUGAAACAAUUUGAUUCAAAUCAGUAGUCUUGCAUGCUCUCGAGUUCUUUUUCUAUCUCUUCUUUUACCAGUUAAAUACCGUUUGGGUAGCUCUGAAUCUGGCUUUUCCCAGGCAGCUUCUUGGUUACACAAGUGAAGUUAGACCCUCAGCAGUUUUUUUUUUUUUUUUUUUGGGGGGGGAGGCUGGAUAUAAUGACUCUAAAAGUUGUAUAUUUAACUGUUCUUUUCAUACUAAAUCUGUACUUUGUUAACCCCCUUGCAAACCAGGAACUACAUUUUUUUUUUCCUUUGGAAAGACUUCUCACUGUGCUGUGUGCUUACAAACUGCGCGGUCCCUUUGCCAUACUGUGGCAUUUGAGGCUCGUCGUCACCUGGGGGCUGGUUUCCCAUGUUGUCAUCCUUGCUAACACUGGGAUCUCAGAUGCUUGCAGAACAUUUAUAUUCGUGACAGUUCUUCAAAGAAGGGCUAGAAUAACUGCCUUCUACCUAGAACAAACUAAACCUAACUGAUGAAGAGUCAAUACAUACUUUUUCGUACAUUCCCAGAUUUGAGCCAGAAAAUAGCUAUGUUUUCAACUAGUGUUUUCAAGGUAGCUCUUUUAUCCUCUUAGCUUUUGUCCUUUCUGACUUUUCAUUGAUCCUCAGUAAACUGUAAGUGAACCUACAAUGGCAUUUCUAACAUGUCAUUCUCUUCCUGCUCUUGUGGGGGGCGGGUAAUAAAGUUUUCUCUCAGCUCUACUGGGCCCUCUCUUAUCUUUGAAUUGUUUCUUUCCUCUCUGGGUUGAUGGGUUACUGAUCUCACAAAAUCUGCCAUCUGUACGUGGUAGCAAAGACUUGACCUAUAGCAUUUUCUCUAGGAAGAGGAAUGUUUGACAUCCAUGUUCUAUUAUCUGCCCUAACGUUCUAAUAGAUACAGAGGUUAAAUAAACACUUGUGAAUUUCUUUGUUUUAUGAAAGUAUUGCUGAUCUCCUUUUCAAAAACAGCUUGGCUUCUCUGUUUUUCCACUUUUGCUUCCCCACCAUCCUACUUUUCCUUCUCUAAUGGUCUAAGUGAACUUCAACUGAGCCUUGUUCAGUCUUGACUGAAGCUUAAUCUCUUUCCAGAGCCCAAGACCAGAAGGGAGUGUUCCAUGCCUGAGGGCUCAAGUGAGCAGUCUCUGUAGCAAGUGCUUCUCCUCUAAGGGCAGUUUUGCCCUCUGGAACACAUCCAUCAGGGUCUGCAGACAUUUGGUUGCCACUAGAGGCAUGUAGUAGGUAGAGGCCAGGGGUGCUUCUAAAUAUUCUGCAAUGCUUAGAACAGCUUCCCACACCAAAAGUGAUCCAGCCCCAAACAUCACUGGCGCUGAGGUUGAGAAACCCUGCCCUAUGUCUGCACCACCACCAAGUCUGCAGCACUUGGCUCUGGCCUUGUUCUUUCCAGGGCACAGAAUUACAGGUAUGAAUUCUUCAACAUCACAUUCUCUUAAAGAAUCUUCUAUUAGUGUUCUUGAGUUCUUGGUAUCCUGUUCAUUUCCAUUGUCUUGGGCCUGCUAAAAGGUGCAUACUUUGGGAGGAAACCAGAGUUACUUUAUAUGUGUUUGAGAAUUUAAAUCCUAGGUUAGCAUCCUUAGAAAAUCUCUCAUAGAGCCAUGAAGCCUAUCUUUAGAAGCAAGCAACAGCCUGGCAGAUUGGCAUGAUUUUCACCAACUGCUCAAAGGCAUCCAUGGCUUUUAGCUGAGUCUACCGAAAGAAAAAUAUCUUUUGUUUUUUCAUUCAAGUCGUUUAAUAGCUUUUUACAAAUAUUAGCAUAUGGCAGACAGAUUAGAAGCAAAAAAACUCUUCAUUGGUGGUUGUGAUGUGGCUGUUAUAGAAGUAUUUGUGCUAUAUGCUUUGAUUAAAUCUGUUUUAAAACAUACUUUAAGACUUACCAUAUGCACUGUAUACUUUGAUUCUAAGCUCAGAGCUAUGCCGGUCAGUCUCUAGUUGUGCCAUGUAUUAUAAAGUAUGUUGUGGUUGUAGAGUUAGCCAGUUUAGCAUGUUCCUAAUCUGAAAAUUAGUGGACUACACUAGGAAAUGCUAUCCCAUUUUCCCUUCCCAGCACCUCUUAGUUGAUAUCAUAGUAUUCUCACUUCUUAAACUAGUUCUUAGAGUAAAUAAGGAAAAAAAGCCAUUUAUUUUCUUCUAGCCAUGUAUUGAAAAUGAUUCAUAAAUGAACAACUUUUUUUCAAAGGCCAGAGGAUUGCUUCUCAAGUACAUAGAAGGCUCUGUGCACUUCUGUUCACCUUGGUCCCAGCAAUGACAGAACUCUUGGUAAGGGCAGUAAGUAAACUAGCCUGAGUCACUGCUGGAACUCAGCUGGAACUCAGUAAAUCUGCAUAUUCUCUCCUGCUCAGAACCUGUUUUCUGGAGAGUGUUGCUUUUAUAUCUACAAGUUCAUUGCCUCCUGCAUUUGAGUGGGAUGUUGAACUCCUUGUGAGUACUAAAGCCCACAGAUGAUACUUCUUUAAACCUGAGAAGUAGUAUGCUACACUAAACCAAGUCAGAAAAUAGUGGACUAUUUCCUUGCCUCUUUCAUUCAUAACUAAUAAAAUGUAUAGACAACAAAAGAUUAUUUGUGGUUUAAGAAAUAACAGUCCUGGUUUCUUUGAAAGGGACUGUAGAAAAGACAGUUCAGAUGUUGUAAACAUCCUGUCACUAACACAGAGAACCAGAAUCUCAAAAAGAAGGUCCUCACAGAGAUUUAAAAGGCCAGUUUAGGGCUAGGGCUAUCGCUCAGUGGUAAGCACUUGCCUAGCUUGCAUGAGACCCUGAGUCCUAUUUCCAGCACCACCAAAAUAAAAAUGUAUAUGUGUAUGUAUAUGUAUAUGUAUGCUGGCUUCAUGGGGGGGCAAAAGAAGGCAGGUUUCUUAAUGUUUGUUCUUGAGUAGCUGAGAUAUACAAUAUCUUAAGGUAUGGCUCAGCUGAUUUAAAAUUUUUGUCAUUGAAAUCAUGAGUAAGAAGCCAUGAAAGAAAAUAAAGUCUCUCAUCUAUCUGUAUACCCUCAAUGGGGGAGAAGUCUGGUGGUUAGGAAACUCAGGGCCUGUUGCCCUAUGCGAUUUUUUUUCAGUUGAAUGUAUUUAGACAAGAUGGUAGGCUUUUGUGUGAGCCAGUUACUACAGUGUCUUCAUUUCUCACAGUGCUUCAUUAAUCAAUCCAUGUCAGGCCUGCUUGGUCCUGAAUCCACCUUUCUUCUCUCCACCAGGCACUGACCCCCUUCCUGUAUAUUUUACUGUCAGCUGUUAAACACGAUCCUUCCCUGCCUUGCAUUUUCAUCCAUCAACCAUUUACUCCCAAAUUCAAGGGAGGAUUCUCUUGUUUUGCCAGAAAAAAUUUGUCACAGUCUGCACACUGGAUGCGUAGGGCCAGCAAAAGUGCAGCAGUGAAACUGGUGUCACUUCUCAGGCCCUUCAUUUCCCACAAAGGUAAGCUCUCUACACCCCUUUUGAUCCUCGGUCAUAUUUGAUCCUCCUUGGGAAUCUGAAAUCGGUCUCCAUGUUGUAUGCAGAUUAGAAGUUGCCUUGUUCGCUGCUCUUCCCAGGCAGAGUAUCAGGGAGAAAGAGGCCUUAUCUGUCCCUCCGUCCCCUUCUUUUGACAGACUGCCGAGAAUCCCUCAGGACUUCCUUUGGUUUGGGAUUUCACUGCCCAAAAAGCUGAUGUGAUUCAUUUUAGGCAUAGACUAGCUUGUCCUAGUGCUCUGCUUCAGGUCUAGUCAGAAGAAACCCAGGAAUAGAAAAGGUAGAUGCCUUGACUUUGUCCCUAUUGGGGGAUUAAAGUGUUUUAUUGCCAGAGUUAUCAAAAGCUCCGGUUAAACUCUGUACAGUUUCAUGAGAAAAAUGAUGCUUUUCCUCCUGGAGAAUCGUGUAAGUUCUCCACAACAGCUUUGCUUUCCAAACCGGAAAGCAAAACUUGCAGAAACUCCGUUUUUCCUAAGGAUACACAAUCAGUUUAGUCUCCAGUCUUUCUCCCUCUCCUCGUUUACUUUUUGGUCACUGACUGAGUCAGGCUGGAUAGGUGAUGCGAUGAUGAAAAGAAGUGAAUUCUUGCUGUAAACGUGCAUCAAUUAGCAGAAACAGUUAAGCCAAACAAAACAGUCACCCCCAGUUCCUAUCUCCAAGAAUUGUUUUGUGCCAUUCUGAAUUCAGGUAGUUAUUCUGUAUAUAGGUAGACUACUAGUCAGAGCUUCUUCAAUCUCUAGUAAGUUUGAAGGGGGUAUCUGGGAAGACAUAGGCAGGGUGACAAUGAGACCCUGUUCAUUCUUUAAAAACAAGAAUAGGGAUAAGCCAGAGGGAUGUGACAUCCAGUUUGUGGUAGAUGAAGAAUCAGUGGUAAUUCUUAAUUGCACAGACUUUAUAACCCAUUAUAUAAAAUGUAAUUCCAUACUUUUUACUGUGGCAAGUGUGUGAUGUGGUUGUUAACCUUUUUAAUUUUUGAAUCCAAAUUGAAUUUAAAGUGUUGAAUACUUAAAUUCCUCACAAGCUAAUUAUGAACCAUUUGUAAAGUGUUUCUAUAACUCUUUGUAUCAUGUGUUGGUACAUCUUAUCAAGUUUUUUCUGGCAUGUAUUCCAUUCUAAACUUAUGUAAAAUUUCUAUUGUUGCUGUAAAUAUUAUACAAAUAUCUACUUCGUGGUAAUCUUCAUUAUUAGCAUGAUAUGGUUAAUUUUUACUGAGCACAAUGUAUUUUUGAAUGGAUCUUCCCAAAUGUCUUUAAUAAAAUGCAGAUUUUGCACUGACCGAUGUGACUGCCAGGCUGUCCCAAUCUUGAGCACUGUGGUUCUUCUUGUGUUGGAACAGCAGGCAGCACCAUUUUAGUUUCCUUCUUUGUAAAGAGAAUGGGCUCCAAUUCAAAUGAGAGAUAAUGGGCCUUUGAAGUUGUAAUCAGUUUAAGGGAGAGAAAGUAAUGUAAAGUGAGACAAAGCCUGUUACUUAAUGAUGUUGUUUUCUUUUUUUCUGUUUAUAAAGUUCUUUUCUCCUUAUGGUA